AUGAACCCUCUGCAGAUUUCGGCGGCGAGGCUCCUGGCCGCUCGCCAGGAUGACGGCGGUGCCGCCGCGGAAGAGGCUACCAACGCUUGCGGUGCCGCGGCCAUCGACGUGAGCAACAUGCCCCUGCGCAUCGCCUCCAUCUUCAUCAUCCUCGUCGCCUCGCUCCUCGGUGGCUUCCUGCCCAUCUUCCUGGCCCGCACCAGCAGGAUGCACGUCCCUAAGAUGACCUUCUUCAUCUUCAAGUACGUUGGUACCGGUGUCAUCAUCGCCACCGCCUGGAUGCAUCUCCUCGCUCCCGGUGUCGAAGCCCUGCACAAUGAGUGUCUGGCGCCUAGGCUCGGCGAGUACGACUGGGCUUUCGCCAUCGGCCUGAUGACCGUCAUGGUCAUGUUCCUGAUCGAGAUGGUCGCCUCCAACGUGAGCUCCGGAGCCUUCUCCCACAGCCACUCCGGACACGAAAUGAACGGCACCGAUGUCCCUAUUAAGGUCAAGGACCAGGGUGCCGACCAGACGAGCGCGAGCGAGGUCUGCCCGCACGACAACGGCGAUGCUGAGCGGGGCGCCGGCUUCGUCGACCCCAGAAAGGUGCCCGGACUUCCGGACGACGUCAGCUACCCUCCCGGCGGACGCGACCAUCUCGGCCACGCCCGCGACCACGUCGAGGGAGACAGCCACACCGGUCUCGCCGGCCAGCUGACGGCCAUCUUCAUCCUCGAGUUCGGUGUCGUGUUCCACUCCAUCUUCAUCGGUCUUGUCCUCGCCACCAGCGACGAGCUCGUCGUUCUCCUCAUCGUCCUCACCUUCCACCAGUUCUUCGAGGGCCUCGGUCUCGGCUCCCGUCUCGCCGUCGCCCACUGGCCUGCUCACGGAAAAUGGUGGCCGCACAUCCUCGCCUGCAUCUACGGUCUCUCAACCCCCGUCGCCAUCGCCAUCGGCCUUGCCGCGAGACCCAGCAGCGCGGAGACUCAGACCCUUGUCAACGGAAUCUUCGACUCUAUCAGCGCCGGUAUCCUCAUGUACACCGGUCUGGUUGAGCUGCUGGCGCACGAGUUCAUGUUCAACCCUCAGAUGCGCAAUUCCCCGCUCAAGAUCCAGCUGUUCGCCUUCGGCUGCGUUGCCCUGGGUGCCGGUGUGAUGGCCGUCCUGGCCAACUGGGCAUAG